AUGGAUGCAUCUCACCAAACUCCAGUGCAGACAAUGCUAUGCACAGACGAGCAACUCGACUACCUAUUUCACCAUCUCAUCUUACCCGCCAAGUUACCAGGGCAUGAUGAUACCUUAGCAUUAAACGAGGAAUUCCUCAUCAACUUCGUCAUCCAAAUCCUAGCGCGUUUCGGGGAAUUAUCAGGCGAUGAUGAUGACCCUGUAGCAAAACACUGCAUCUCCAUGUUGAAGAACACACGAGAUGCUCGAGAUUCGAACGGGUAUCUGGAUUCUAGAAGCGUGCAGAACUCCUUGAAGAGACUUUCAGAACAGGCGGACGCCACCUCAAUGUAUCAUAUUACGGAACAGAAUGCAGGUUUGAUUAUUCGAAGAUUAGAGAGCUCAUAUUCUUUACAGACCUUUGAGCUCUCUCCUACUAACAAAGCAACUAUGACGACGAAAGGUCGCCUUAUUCGCGAGUUCCCCGCCACCGUAACAGAAGUCUCUGCCAAAGACUUCAACAAUUCCUCAUUUCAAGAGGUCUUGACCAAGACUCUUGUCAAGAUGAGUCAUCAGGCUGUUGCAGAAAUGCAGCCCCAGGUCAAGAAGGCUCAGCAGAUGCACAAUGAGGAGCGCGAUACAACAGAUCCUCGCAUCGUCACGGAGCUGUUAACAAGUUUUCUGCGAGGUGCUGGGACACCUGGUGAGAUCAAGGCAAUUCAGAAGAGGACGCGUGAAGAAGUUUCGUGGAAUAAUAGUAGAGAUCCUUGGACGAGAUCACCGCUAUGGCUUCUUCUUCGUGUUGGCCUUCAACUCACCAUGACGUGUCAUCCACAAGGAUCACUGCACCUUUACAAGCGCUUCAUGGUGUUCUUGAUAGCCCAAGCUCUUAAAAUUGCCUGUGAAAAGUCGUCAUCUAGUGAGAUGAUCCACUUGAUGAUUGCCAAGAUCUCGAGGCGACUUUGCAAGCUUGGGGAUAUUGAGGAUGGAGCAUGGCUUCACACUAUCAGGGAUAUUGUCUCAUCGGCCUCUGGAAAUCUGAAGAAGAGAUGGAUCAAUAUCCAGAGACGAAACGAACAGCCACUUGACUUCAAUGCGCUGGCCGAGUUCAACUACGAAGAACAUACCGCCUUUUCGUUGCCUGAACUUGACACCUUCCUCGCAACUAUCCCCCGGCGACAACAUCUACUGACAACAAAGGAAUUUAAAGCCAAGCCCAUCGCUUUGGCCCUUGAGCCUCUUACCCUUCCCACUAUCAAUGGUUCUGUCAAUAACGACAGCAAAUCUUUCGAGCUCGCAGCCGUCGAGACCUGGGUACAGGGUAACCUCGACACAUGGCUUGAACACCACUUAAGCAGCGAACAAUCAUGCCACGGUCUGAAGACACUGCUUGAGCAUUACCACAUGUCUGCGGAGAGAUGGUAUACAGGUCGUCCCGAGGGAAUGUCGAGAAUGCUUCUUACCCUUGGUGAGAUCUGGGUAGCGAUCGAUAAGAUGGCUAUCCACCACAACCCCUUGAUGUUGAAGUAUCGACAUGAGAUUCCUCGAGAGGUCUUCAGCGAUCUCUUACUUCAUUCAAAGAGUGACAUGGAGCGUUUAAAUCGGUUAGAGGAAUACCUCGAAGAUCCAUCUGGGAAACUAAAGCUAUCGGCACUCUUAUCCUACGGCCAACGACUAUCCUUCGCCGUUGAGUACUUUCGACAAUCACCCAAGCUCCAAGCGAAGAAAGAGCAGAUCGAGCGCAAUGCACAACGAGAUCGCGAUAAGAAACUAAAGCAGUUUCGGGAACUCAAAGCAAAGUACGACGCUAUUAUGAAGAAAUACGACGACAUGCAAUGCGAGCAGGUCCUCCAAGUUCAACACGACGUGGAGUAUUACAUCCAUCCCAAGAAUAAAUGCAGACGCUGUGCUCUCCCCGCCAAAGUAAAGAAGCUCAAAAUCGCGCCUCAUGAGUGGCCUCUUCCUGCAGAUGAGCUUGAGGCCCAAACUUCUGUUUUCGAGAUGGACGUCCCCGUCACUUUUGCCGUAUGGCGAGAUGCUACAGUUUACUUCCUGGAUAACAUCUUGAGAUUUGAAUCAUCUAGCGCUGGAGACUAUCCCCGUGCAUCCUUCCCUUUGACGACAUAUAAACCACUGAGUCCCUGGUUUGAAUCACAACGGCAUAGAGUACAACUCCUCUCUGAGAUUAAACCGCACUCUCAGACACAUCGCAACCAGAAAUCUAUCGAAACAUGUACUGAGGCUGAUGUCUGUCUUAACAACGGUCUUCGCUUUCAGUAUCAUGAUAGCUCUAGAAAUAUCUUUCUGUCUACCUUCAAACCAACGACAGAUAUCUCAAAGCGCUGCACCAUCAAGCUUCCAAGCAGAGCUCAUGCUUUGCAGAGAUUCAUGGCUCGGACAUGGCGUUGUGAAAACGGCGAAACACCCAACCAGGCUAUCGCGAGUCAGUCGGAGUGUCCAGAGUAUAUGUCCCUUGGAGAGUUUAAGGCUUUAGCUCUUUUGCCGUAUGGAUAUCGACUUCAGUGGAUGAAUAUCCUUACGCAGCUCGCUAUGCCGACGGUUGACUUCAAUAAGCCUGAGACUGCGUUAUUCCUGCUUCAGAUGAUGCUACAAGCUGGUCCGUUUCACAAAGACGAGACGACAAGGCAAGCGCAUACUCGACCGACAGAAGUGGAAUUCGGUUCGCAGUUGCUGAAGUACUUGAAUGAAAGCGUGUCAAGAGUUCAGGAGAAUUGGGAGUCGUACACAUCACUUUGCUCUUUCACCUGUUUGACUACCCGCCUUCUUGCCAUUGCAGACAAGCCUCUGUCAACGCAAAUUCUGGAACUCAUCACACGAUGCCGAAAGAUCUCAUACAAAUGGGUGAUGCAUCUUUUGACAAAGGUCCAAGAUAUUGAGCAUCGUACGCAACGGAAGGAGUUUCUCGAGGCGGCAAUACACACUGCCCUUGUUUGCAUCGAGACGUUCAAUUUAGAGGGUGAACACUUUGAACAGGUGUUGGCCGAUGAACAGCAAGCGUCUAUACUAUUGGAAACCUCGAUCAUCAUCCAUAACAAUGCCGACCUUCAACAUCUGCAGGGGGAUGCACUGUAUGGCAUUAUGCUCGACCGAUAUGAAAUGACAAUGCAUAGAGCCCUACCUAUUCUGGCGAACGAGAUAGUCUCUAAGGGAAGUUUAAGUCUCGAUUUAGCCAUUAAGCGACGAUGGCCUGAUUUUGUACGAACCGGUGAAUGGUCCUCAAUCUCGGAUCACUGGGUCACGACAGCUACUGGAAAGCUCCAAGUUCAUAUUAGCCUUCUCACAGGACAAUUAUUGGUCAAUGGAUCGCCCGUAUCACGACUCCCUCGACAGUAUGAGACUCAUCGAGAGUAUCAGAAGCUAUUCGGGUCUGCGACUAUGGAAGUCAUGCCGAGCAACCUGCCGGGUAUGAGCUUCUGUGCGACGAAAAUGUUUCACGGGUAUACAGUUCAUCUUGGUAUACAGACAAAGAAGCGCGUUGAUGACCUUCUUGUACGUCUUUCCAAGAAGGGCUCGACGUUGGACUUGAUACCAUUGAGGACCCUCCAAGAUCUUCUCCCUGACAUCCUCGCUGAUAAUCACGUUCAUUGGCUUGAGGAAGCGUCUGGAGAUGUUGAGUUCUGCCACUCCACUGACACAUGGAAGCUAUCACUUGGUAAGGAGAGCGUGCUCGUUUCUCCAUGGAGUGAGCUUGGGCAGUAUAUUUCGAAUAUCUUCUCACGUCUUCAGCCUGCUUCGGACCUUCAUCUGGUUCUCCACCAAGAAAGCAAGGAACUUGAAAUAAAGCUGCCAAAAAUUCAUCUUGAGUUCACAAUCAGGUCAGGGACAUCAAACAUCAAGUCUCGACAAUUCCGCGAUAUGGAGGUUGAUCACGAUCAGGCCAUUGGAACUCUCAUCGGACUUGAGAACAAACUCGUCCUACGACAUUCCCAUGACUCUCAAGUCAGAUCAGCCAUCAUACCAGAAGGAAACGUGAGCUGUCGAAUGUCCACUGGGCACGGUGUCGAGAAUCACGCCGAGGUUUCUCUUGACCGUGAAACGGCUAGUCGAGUUCAAACUUACAGACUAGAUCCCCUUCUUCGCAGAAUCAUACCCAACGACAAGGUAGAAAGCAAAGUGUAUCUUGCAUACCUCCACGCUCUAACAUCAUACUGCCUCCAGGAUCCCUUCAUCCAGCGCACAGGAACUGAAGAGGCUCUCACUAUUCUUGGUUCUGCCUCAAUCAGAGCACCUACGGCCUUCUCCCAAGUGGCGUAUACCAUGCUGUCAAAUAUCGCCCAGUUAUCGCCGAAGAGGUCAUACUAUCCUGCCGAUCAACGGGAGAUGCAGAACAUCCGGUGGCGGAAUGACUUGAGCUACAUAUUCCAAGAUGACAGAUUUGGGAAGGAAGUUCGAAACAUUUUUGAGAAAUAUCGCGAAGUCCAGUUUCUGUUUCCCAAGAACCCUCUCUCAUGCUUAGAACAACACCGUUCGGUAGAUGCGUUGGUGGAUCGCGCCAUUCUUCGAACAUCUGGAAAUCGAGUCUCUGGCUUUGGCGCUGAAUGCUUCACGACUAAACAUGAUGUCAAUUACGCAUCAAGGGAGAAGAGUAAGUCAUCAGAAAGGUCUACACGUACCGUAGAGAUGGCGUACCGAGUCUACAACAGGUCUGGCACCCUUUCGAGACCGGUAUCUGGCAGGCUUGGCCACCGUCUCUUCAGUCUCAUGACGGGCGACGAACGCGUCCACACCAGGGAGAUCUUGCCGAAAAGCAGAAUCGACUACGACUCCUCUUGGCUCCAAGGCCCCGCAUCAUACCUAUCGUCUGUAUGGUUUCAGCUUCACAAUUCAUUCAAGAAGUCAGUCACCUGGUUCGACAAGUUCGAGCUGAUGAUGUGGAUGGCCACAAUGUCGUAUUCCCCAGAGUACGAUGCACAAGUCGGCCAGGCGCUGCUGUUGCUCACCCAGUUCCGAUCCUUAGCUGACUGCAGACCACCCGCUGCAUCAUCAUACAACCUAUCAGCCGGAUGUCACAUCCGGGACGAGGACCUGCGUGCCGCGGUAGCACCGUAUGUAGUCAGUUUCGCAAGCAGCCCUGACGCUAUAUCUGCUCGUCGUUUCGACGAGAAGGGCAGCGAGGUUGGGCAAAGAAGAAGAGAAGACUACGGAAAGAAGAGCUUCAAAGCUGUUGAUAAUUUUGUAAAGCACCUGAAACGACAAUGGCCUACAGAUGAUCCAGAAGAGCCGGAAGAUCCGAACAUGGAGUUGGCGUCGUAUAUCAAGAUGGGACCUGCCGUGGAAAGUGCCUUUGGAAAGUGGAACCAGUGGCUGAAGAACCUUCGCUUGAAGCAGCAUCUGGAAAUGGUUGCUUCUUACAUGAGAGAGGCACCGUCGGGCGAGUUCAUACAAGUACCACCAGCACUACCAAGGACGGUAAUUCCCACGAAGAGAUCAGUCUCGAGAUUUGUGGCUACUUCAGACCUGUUCUCGUCAUCAGGCGUGUUGCACCACAAGACUCCUCCAGCAUUAAGUCGACUGCUCAUGAACUCAGAGAGGGACAGACAUAGCAGCAAGCUCAGUGGUAUCAUUGACAACCUUGAUUCAAAAGCCCAGCUUGACUAUGAGCACAGGUAUCUGAGAGAGCUGAAGGAUAGUCUUUCAAGCUUAGACGGCCAUGUUGAAUACGAGCUGAAGAUGGACCAGCUUCAAAAGCUCCCGGGCCUACUCCUGCACCACUUGGAGAAAUGCGAAUCUCACCUAACAAGGCUUCACGAGUAUCUAAUCUCUUCCCUCUCGUCUUCAAGCACACUCCCGCACACAACGUCUCAUGUCCUUGAAGAAGCCGGAUUCCUUCCUAGGAUGUCACCUACUCAGAUCCUGCAACAGCUGAGACCACCGCAAUGGAAGAGUCUUUCUGCGGGAUGGAAAGAAAGCUUAAUUCACUACGGAAUUGCCAUCACCGCAAUGCAACGAGCCAAACGCCUAAUUCGGUUCCAGUCCAGUCACGUUGAUCUCAUUCGCGAACUUGAAAACGGUGGCCAUCAAAGCUGGAGCCCCUAUGACCACCCAGAGUGGCUACUACUGGAAUGCGAAAGCGAAAUUAUGAUUCGCGAUGUUCAGCAGCAGAUCGCUGAACAGAUGAUCAAUCCUCCCGAGAACCAAAACUCAGUAAUGCAGCUCAACAUGGGCGAAGGAAAGUCAACAGUCAUCGUGCCCAUCGUCGCUACAGCUCUUGGAGAUGGAUCGAAGCUGGUUCGAGUCAUUGUCGCAAAGCCACAGGCGAAGCAGAUGCAUCAGAUGUUGAUCUCGAAGUUAUCAGGACUCCUUGAUCGACCAGUGUAUUUGCUCCCCUUCUCUCGAGACACCAAGAUGGAUCUCCGAACGGCAGAUGCUAUCCAGCGUCUGAUGAAACGAUGUAUCGAGGAAGGUGGUGUGUUAAUGGUUCAGCCCGAGCAUCUACUUUCGUUCCAACUGAUGGAGGUGGAAUCUCGAAUCAGGGGAAAUAUGGAAGUCGCGGAAGCAAUGUCGCAGACAAGGAAUCUUUUUGGUCGCUCCUGUCGAGAUAUCGUUGACGAGAGUGAUGAGAAUUUCAGUGUCAAGUUCGAACUCAUCUACACUCUUGGAAAGCAACGGCCGAUUGAACAUAGCCCUGAUAGAUGGGUUGUCAUCCAAGAAGUCAUGGGCCUCGUUGCCAAAGCUGGAGCGGACGUCAAGUCCAAGUACCCACAUUCCGUUGAAUUCGACGCUCGGCAUGUUGGGAGAUAUCCCCGCUUACGAAUCUUACGCCCUGAUGCUGAAGCUGAAAUCUUCAACCGUGUCACCGAGGCAGUUUGUGAUACUGGCAUGGCUGGGUUCCCUAUUGCACGCCAGCCCAGACGCAUCCGAGAUGCAGUUCAACGGUACAUCUCCCAGCCUGAGCCAACAGCUGCCGACAUCGAAGCCGUAGAGACAAGCUCCCUCUGGAACGAAAUGACAAGCAGAAACAUUCUUCUCCUCCGUGGACUCUUUGCAGGAGGAAUCCUUUCAUUUGCACUGGGAAGUAAGCGGUGGAGAGUGAACUACGGUGUCGAUCACAACAGAGAGAAGAUGACCAAAUUGGCGGUUCCCUUCCGAGCAAAGGAUAACCCAACUCCGCGAUCUGAGUUCAGUCAGCCUGACGUGGUGAUUACGCUCACUUGUCUGAGUUAUUACUACAGCGGUCUUGACGAUGAGGCCUUGUUCGCGGCGUUUGAGUUGCUUAGUCGAUCGGACAAUGCCACACAGGAGUACCAGGAUUGGGUCAAGACUGCACCAUUACUACCGCAAGCCUUCAGGAACCUAGAAGGAGUCAACUUGAGGGAUCGGGUGCUGUGCACUACGGAGAUAUUUUCUCACGUACGAUAUUCUAAAGCAGCGGUUGAUUACUACCUGUGUCAUCUGGUAUUCGCGAAGGAAUCUAAGGAAUUCCCACACAAGCUUUCAGCUUCCGGUUGGGACCUUGGUAAGAAGAAGGAUAAUCCCACUACAGGAUUCAGUGGAACCAACGACUCGCGAUAUGUUCUGCCGCUUGACGUCAAACAGCUCGACUUGCCGCAGCAGAAGCAUACAAACGCGCUUGUCCUGGAAUACCUACUCCAGCCAGAGAAUGGAAUCUCAUUGAUGCCCCAAGAAGCAAAGGGUACCACUUUAGAAACCAGUCUCCUUCUGCAGAUGGUUUCCAACAUGAGCCCUAAUACCCGAGUUAUUCUCGACGUUGGCGCCCAAGUCGUCGACCUUACCAACCAGGAAUUCGCGAAACAAUGGCUAGCCUGCUACCAGGAUCAUGACUCCACACAAUCUGUGGUGUUCUUCAACGACAACGACGAAAUCGUUGUUAUUGACCGUUCCGGCAAGAUCGAAGACUUCCAGACAUCCCCGUUCUCCCAGCAGCUGGAUAGGUGUCUUGUUUUCCUGGACGAGGCACAUACCCGCGGAACAGAUCUGAAGCUUCCUGCCAACUAUCGUGCUGUGGUCACUCUUGGUGCUGGUCUGACGAAGGAUACGUUGGUUCAAGCUUGUAUGCGGAUGCGAAAGCUUGGGAAGGGACAGACAGUGGAGUUCUGCAUUCCUUGGGAGAUUGAGCAGAAGAUCGUUCAGCUCAAGGGUGAAGGUGCCUCUAGCAGGGAUGGAAUCUCUGUCUCUGAUGUCCUUUGCUGGGCUAUCACUGAGACAUGUCUUGACCUGAAGAGGGCUAUGCCCCUGUGGCUUACACAGGGUGUUAGGUUCUCCAAGCAAGAAGCCCUCUGGUCCCGUCUCUCUGACAAUGAUACCAAGUCUGACGAGUUUCUCGAGGAGGAAGGGCAGAGCUUGACUGAGAGGUAUCGUCCCGAGAAAGGUCUCACAAACUGUUCUUCACUCACAGAAGAGCUGAACGACUCCGUCGCAAGAGUCUUCAAGUCCCGGUGUGAAGACUUUGGUCUGGAAAGACUUCACACUUGCUCUCUGCAGGAAGAGCAAGAACGAGAGCUGGCGCCAGAGACACAGCACGAGCGCCAAGUCGAAAAGGUCCCUGCCCUGAAGCCAGACACCCAUAGUGUCAAUAGGCUUCUGCAGGAGUGGAUAGCAGAUGGCUCGUUCCCAGAGUCAUCUACCGCCUUCCGAGCUGUCAUGAAACCCGCGUUUCAGAGUCUGAAUAAGACGUCGGCAGCUGUCCACUUUGACGUCAAGGAGUUCCCGGAGACGGUAUGGGUGAGUAUGGACUUUGCCCAUACUGUUAAAGGUGUGUUUAGUGGGAAGAGCUACUCGGACUCUUAUCAACGACCUGUACAGUGGGUGUUGACUGGUAAGAAUGAAGAGGGUGCUUCUCGAAUGGUUGUUAUAAGUCCAUUCGAGGCCCAGCACUUUCUACCUCUUAUCGAAGAGUCAGAGCAUGUUGCUCUCCACCUUUACGCGCCGAGGGUCAACCUUGGCUUUCGACCGCUGGACGACCUUCAACUCUAUUACGUGGGGAAGAAGAUCAUCGAAGAGAUACCGAGAGACAUCAUUACGUUUCUCAAUAUUUUCGCUGGACAGCUUUACCUCUCGUCAUAUGAUGACUACAAGCUCGUCUGUGACUUGCUUGGUUUGGCGUGGGACAGUCCGAACGACAGUGCGGUGCUUCGGGCUGGUGGUAGUGGGAGUCAAUCUGGUUUCUCCAAGAGCCCUGCGACGUUUCUGAAGGAGCUCUUGGGCAAGGUCAGGCAUGACUGUGGAACCAUUGACAAGACGGAUAUGGGAAGGGUUAUUGAAGGAAUGCGCUUGGUUGAGGGUGAGUUUAAUAGUAGGCAUGCUAUUUAG